GGGACCGGGCUCCCACAGCCCCCAAGGGGCACACCGUCACUCUGGCAAGCUUGCUGUUGGGCUCUGGAGCCCUGGCAUUUGAGGCUCUGGCCAUGUAGACCUGGUGCCCGCCCUGGCCCAGGCACAGAGGUGCUGGGUGGACUCAGGUGGUGGUGGGCUUGGGGGGGCUGCGGGGCUCCCGGGUAGGGAGGCUCAGAGCCUGGGGAGCGUGGGGCCCAAGGCCCUGGAGCCCUGGUUCUGGUGGGGAGACAGGGCAGAGGCAGAUGGUGCAGGGGGCAGUCACCGCGCUGCGUCCCCCAACAAGGCAAGGGCCAAGGAGGCCCCAAGGGCCUAACUGGACGCCCGCCCCCCAGACGGUCCCCCGACCCCUGGCACAGACUGGCCCCCACAUUCCAUGCACGCCUGUCGCUUUAAGCGCCUGGCUGUCCCUGCAAACUGCUCCUUCCACAUUCUCGGGGUGGUGGGGUGGCGGGAGGGUGGGGUGCCGGCACGCCCUCCCAGGAGGCCCAUAAGGCGCAGGGCAGGCGGCACCCGGGAGGGGAGCUGGCCGCCACCCGCUGGGCUCAUGGCCCUGCUGCUCCUGGCGCUGCUGGUGCUGCUGACGCUCUGGGGGCUGCUCCGCGCCCGCGCCCGCACCCCGGCCCCCCGCUGGCCCCCGGGGCCGCGCCCCCUGCCCCUCAUCGGGAACCUGCACUUGCUGCGGGCGGCACAGCAGGACCAGGCGCUGAUGCAGCUCGCUGAACAGUACGGGCCAGUGUUCACCGUGCACCUUGGGCACCAGAAGACGGUGGUGCUGACCAGCUACGAGGCGGUGAAGAAGGCCCUGGUGGGCGCCGGGCAGGAGCUGGCUGGCCGGCCCCCAAUUGCCAUCUUCCAGCUCAUCAAUGGGGGCGGAGGCGUCUUCUUCUCCUCAGGUCCACGCUGGCGGGCCGCCCGCCAGCUCACCGUGCGCGCCCUCCAUGGCCUGGGCGUGGGGAGGGCGCCCGUGGCUGACAAGGUCUUGCAGGAGCUGAGGUGCCUCAUGGCGCAGCUGGACAGCUACGGAGGCCAGCCCUUCCCGCUGGCCCUGCUCCGCUGGGCUCCCUCCAACAUCACCUUCGCGCUCCUCUUCGGCCAGAGGUUCGACUACCGGGAUCCUGUGUUCGUGUCCUUGCUGGGCCUCGUUGACGAGGUCAUGGUCCUCCUGGGGAAGCCAAGUGUGCAGCUCUUCAACCUCUACCCGCGGCUCGGGGCCCUCCUCCAGCUGCACCGGCCGGUUCUGCGCAAGAUCGAGGAGGUGCGGGCCAUCCUGAGGGCCCUCCUGGAGGCGCGGAGGCGCCGCACACUCCCGCGAGGGUCCGAGCGGAGCUACCUGGACGCCCUGAUCCAGCAGGGCCAGGGGAAAGACCCCGAGGGCCUGUUUACUGAGGCCAACGUGGUGGCCUGUGUCCUGGACAUGGUCAUGGCCGGAACGGAGACCACCGCCGCCACGCUGCAGUGGGCCGCCCUUCUGAUGGGCAAGCACCCGCGCGUGCAGAGCCUUGUGCAGCAGGAGCUGGACCGCGUGCUGGGGCCAGCGCAGCUCCCGCGGCCCGAGGACCUGCGCGCCCUACCUUACACCAACGCCGUGCUCCACGAAGUGCAGCGCUUCAUCACGCUGCUGCCCCACGCGCCGCGGUGCACGGUCGCUGACACCCAGCUGGGCCCCUACCUGCUCCCCAAGGGCACACCCGUGCUGGCCCUGCUGAACUCCGUGCUCCUGGACGAGACGCAGUGGGAGACGCCCCGCCAGUUCAACCCCGGCCACUUCCUGGACGCCGACGGGCGCUUCGUCAAGCGGCCGGCCUUCCUGCCUUUCUCCGCAGGCCGCCGUGUCUGCGUGGGGGAGAGCCUGGCCAGGUCGGAGCUGUUCCUGCUGUUUGCGGGCCUCCUGCAGAGGUACCGCCUGCUGCCCCCGCCGGGCCUCAGCGCCGCCGCCCUGGACACCACACCCGCCCCUGCCUUCACCGCGCGGCCGUCCGCCCAGGUGCUGUGCGCCGUGCCCAGGCUGCAGGGGCGCUGA